AUGCUGCGCAUUUCGAGCCGUUGUAUUCUUGGGUUUUUGGACAUUCGCCAAUUGCGCCGUCAGAACAUCUCUUUCCCGUACGGCCUCCAUCAUUUUUGCUCUUCCCCACCCAUGAACCGUCGUCGCUCGACGCCUGGCACCAUGGGCCCUCCCUCCGACAGAGACGUCGUAAUGGGCCCUCCACCUGUUCCAACCCCUUUAUCUUCAGGGCUCCCUGCGCCGCUACCACAACAAAAAUCAAAAGAUGAUCAAAACCUCACCGAGAAGUAUAAAAAGCUCAAAAGAAGAUUUUUCGAGCUUGAGGAGAAACAUAAGGAAACGAACAAUGAGCUACAACGCUCCGGGGAGCGCAAUGUCAGAAUGCGAGAAGAACGAGACUACCUCCUUGAGCGAAUCAUGGAGCUGGAGUCGCCUCACCACGCCAACGGCUCCCCAAGUUCAUCGCAAAUUCCUGCGCCUCAGCCAAGCUCUAGUGCCCUUCCGCGUAACUUGCUGAAUGCACGAGCUCGGACCUCGUUUGUUGAAAACCUUCGCCAAGCUAUCGCUGAGGAUGAUGCAGAUGACGAUGUGUACCCAAUUCUUUCUACGCGACAUGUUGGGCCUGAAGCUCGUCGCAAAGAAGAGGAGGAAUGGAGGGAACGUCUUGAGGAGGAAGCCCGAGAAUAUAGGAAAGGUAUUCGUAGGAGUCACGCUUCUCGUCCAGAAGCUAACAAUCAUAAAGGAAAGGAAUCAAGCGGAAGCUCUACUUCACAAUCCGUGAUGAACUACACUCCUUUUGCUCAUCAAAGUGGUCCAUCGGUUUCCCCGCGUCAUAGCUCGUCUCCCGUAUCGUCCGGCACCAGCACAAGGCUUCGCGUGAACUCGCAAGUCUCGUCGCCUUCUCCUCAUUCGGACCGUGUGGUCUUGCCAGUGACCCACAAUGCCAUAGCUUCCUCUUCAUCGUCACGAGGUCAAGGUCAACAGUCGCCAUCGCAUUCUCAUCCUCAUUCAUACGCCAACCCUCCUCUACAACCACCUUCUCCAUUCCAGCAGUCCCAACAUCAGCCCCAGCCGCCACUCCAUCACAUACCACGUUCUCAGUCACCGGAGUAUCACCCUCGUUCUCCAGCUAAUUCACACCUGAGUGAUGGUCCUGCACUCCAGAAUACGCCGAAUUCUGCGCAGGAUCACGCCUAUGAAGCUGGUGAUCGUGAAGAACUUCCCCGCGAUAUCCAAAAUGAACCGAAUUCACUCGAGCUGGGAACGAACCCUGUGCCACCUAGGAGGGGAACAAGAUCUCGACGGAACAACAGAGACUCUUACCGUGAAGUUGUCGAAGAUCAAGGGUCGUCGCCUCGUCCCACCUCUCAGGCUGCUCGAAGGGUAAGUUCACGCAAUGCUAGUCGGGCUACUCGAAGCGAAAAGGCCGCCGCGGCCAAGGCUGAAAGCCAACGUGAGCCAACCUUACAAUCGCAUGACGAGCUCACCUCCCCGGCGCAUGUGGAAAUUUCGUCCAGUUCUGUGCGGGCAUUGCCGUCUUCCCCUCCCCCUGCCGUACAAGAAGACCAAUAUAUGGACUCCCAGAUGGAAGAUGAGGCUCAGCCGGAAAUCGUAUCAGGAGUUGAGGAGGUCCCUGAUGCAGCUGCAUCUGCAACUUCUGGUUCUGCUCCAUCUCUUGUUCACGAGUCUCCUCAGCGAUCCCCCUCACCGGCUGACCCUCCGCCUCCCUCCGCAUCCACAGCUUCUACCGACGCGCCGUCUCCGUCUCCAACUGUAGAUGCGACGACGGGCGCGGCUGCAACGGAACCAACGUCUCCCGCAGAAGUAGAAGCUUCUAUUUCACCCCCUUCGCUCGCCCCUGCUCCAGGAUCUACGUCCCUGCGGACUGCCGAAGAUAAUCCUCAGGCGAGUGCCGUGGAGGGUCUUGCGGAAGUUAACGAGCAGUUACACAAUGGCAUCGUCCAAGCGGCUUCGAAGGAGACUAUUGAACAGACUUCAAAGGAAGUUGUUCGAGAGACAAUGAACAAGUUUUCUGUGGAGGCACACCCUACGCUAACUUUGGACAUCGUGAAAGUUGCGGAGGCUGCUAUCGCUGCUCAGAAUGCUGCCAAACAAUCUGCGAACAACAGUGUAUCUCCCCCUCUCGACCCAAAUAUCGAUCCUAACCUCGACCCCAGCCUAUAUGCUGGAUCAUCGAGCUCUGCUACUGUGGGGACUUCUAUUAGCACCAAGGACCAAGGCAGUGUGGCUCAAUCUUCUAGCAGCACCAGCACCACCCCUUCUACCCCCAGCUCAAAUCUUAGUGCGAAUCCUUAUUUGAGUUUGAGCACGGCAAUGAUGUCGAAGAUGCAUGGGUCGCCCACUGGCGUUCCUCCCAUGAUGGGCAUGAACCCGUACUCCAUGUAUUACCCUAGCCCAACAACGCCUGGUACUCCCAAUACACCGACCUACGGCAAUCCUUAUGCGAAUCCAUAUUUCUUCCUCGCUUCUCCUUUGGGACCUGCUCCAGGAAUGUAUGGGCCUGGUUAUAUGCCUCCCCCCCUUCAACCUCCCCCACAGCAGGGACAGCCGCAACAACGUCCAACCACUGAUGUUCAGCGACAUGCUAAGCCCAAACGACUAAAGGCCCACACUGUCACGUCCAAAAGCUUCAGCAUUCCCAUGGUUCCUCGCGAUAAGAAGGGCCAGCCGAUGCUACCUUUGAAUGUUGGUAUUAUGACUGUUAUCAACCUUGGGAUUGUAUGUAUGCGAGAACACUUCCAUACAGAGCGAUACAUCUUUCCCGUUGGUUAUGAAGUGACGAGACGAUACCUGUCCACUGUCGAUCCCGGCAUCGAGGUAGUCUAUCACUGUACAAUCCUUGACGGUGGUGAUGGGCCCAAGUUUCAGAUCGUCCCUUCAGACGUCCCAGACAGGCCUGUCAUUGCUGGGACGGCAACGGGGGCGUGGUCCAACAUCGUCAAACAGGCAAAUGCCAUUCGCAACCGCCAACAUUCAAACUCGGUCUCAGGUCCUGACUUUUUUGGUCUUGGGCAAAACACGAUCAAGCACCUUAUACAGGAGCUACCUAACGCUAAUCGACUCAGAGAUUAUGUGUGGCAGACUUUCGUAGAAGGAGGGCCACUUGGAGGACGACAUGCAGCCGUCAUUCCUGCCCUCCCCGAAGAGUAUGAUGCGUCAUUGCCCAUCGGUGCCUACUACCCUUCCGAGCAGGAGAAAUUGAAGAGGGACGUAACCACCAAUCCCAACACUCCCAAGGGGCUGGCACACUACCCUCAGCAUAUUGUUGCUCAGGCUGAGGCUCAGCGCAAGCAGCAGCAAGCCGUCCAGCAAGCCAAACAACAAGCGAUAGACCCUGGUAUGCAAGAGGGAACUUCACAGCUCGGCAUGCUUCCAAUGUUGCCUUCUUCUGCAGAUAUCAACUUCCAAGAGUACCAGCCCUCUCCGUCCGCGACUGUUGCGUCUGGAUCCGGGUCGGGAAGGACGACGAGGAACUCUUCGGGAAGUUUGAGUGCACCAAUCGCAUCGACAAGGAAGACACGUCAGAGUUCGCGUGCGCCAAAUGCCCGUGCGCAGCAGCAGGUUGCACUACUUCAAGCAUCCCCACAAGCUGCUCAAGGCGGGCCUCUGCAAUACAUAUCACAAGAUGGCACAGCAGUGACGUCGCCGACUUCGCAGAUCCCAUCAACGUUCGCUAGCAUCAUGAACGCCUAUCCCGCCCCCGGCGUUAAUGAUCCAAACCUUCAUCAACUUUUGCCCAAACCGGACACCCUUCUCGAAUCGCUCCUUGCGAAACCCACUCUUGAAGGUAUGCUUUGA